AUGCGUUGCUCACUACCCAUGGAAAUCAUAGAGCAUGUCGUUGAUAUGCUUCAUCUCGAUGUACGCGUACUGCGUAUACUCAGUCUUACUUGCCGGGAUCUACUUCCCCGCAGCCGCUUUCACCUCUUCUAUUCUAUCAAGUUUGUGCCCAUCCUGCGAGAGGUGGAUGCACUGUGCAGCUUCCUCGAUGGUAGUCCCGAGCUCGCUGACCAAGUACAUAUCGUCACGGUACGACCAGACCCACGACCAGCCGCAGGUAUGUUCCUAGCGGGGUUACUCAGGAAACUCCCACGUCUGCGCCAUUGUAAGCUGUUGGUUGGGGGGACGCCCAGUGGGAGGUGCCCUUGUCCUUUCAUCCGAGCACCCUUGCAUUCGUUAGGACGGCCCUCUAUAUCCAGGAGUUGGACUUUCACAGCUUCUACUUCACCUCCUGCGCCGAGGUUGCGAGAUUCAUAUGCUCGUUUCCCUUUCUCCGACAUCUCGGAUGCUCCGAUAUCCGUACUCGAAAUCCUAGUAUCCGGCGGCCUCUCGUUCGUUGUCGUCUACAAUGUCGGAUAUGCAGUAUAUCGGUAA